UUUUCUCUCCCCUUUCUAGGAAGAAAUGUUUACUAUUUGGCGAUGAGAAGCAGUGAAAACUGACCUCGUACUGGUAUACAAACACUAUGGGACCUGACAGUCUUGCUGCAUGGGCAACCGGCCCCCACUAAUAAUGUGGGGACGCCAUCAGGUCCACUGGAAAACACUAAUCUGAUCUUGGAAGUGGCUGAUCGUGGCAGGAUGUGUCGACGAUGAUGAUGGCAAGAAAGCAAGAUGUCCGCAUUCCCACCUACAACAUCAGUGUGGUGGGAUUGUCUGGGACCGAGAAGGAGAAGGGCCAGUGUGGCAUUGGGAAGUCUUGUCUGUGCAACCGCUUCGUGCGCCCAAGUGCUGAUGAGUUUCACUUGGACCAUACCUCUGUCCUCAGCACCAGUGACUUUGGUGGGCGAGUGGUCAAUAACGACCACUUUCUCUAUUGGGGAGAAGUUAGCCGUUCCCUGGAGGAUUGUGUGGAAUGUAAGAUGCACAUUGUGGAGCAGACGGAGUUCAUUGAUGAUCAGACUUUUCAACCUCAUCGAAGCACGGCCCUGCAGCCCUAUAUUAAGAGAGCUGCUGCAACCAAGCUCGCAUCAGCUGAAAAACUCAUGUACUUUUGCACUGACCAGCUGGGGCUGGAGCAGGACUUUGAGCAGAAACAAAUGCCAGAUGGAAAGCUGCUGAUUGAUGGUUUUCUUCUUGGUAUUGACGUUAGCAGGGGCAUGAAUAGGAACUUUGAUGACCAGCUCAAGUUUGUGUCCAAUCUCUACAAUCAGCUUGCAAAAACAAAAAAGCCCAUAGUGGUGGUCCUGACUAAGUGUGAUGAGGGUGUGGAGCGGUACAUUAGAGAUGCACAUACUUUUGCCUUAAGCAAAAAGAACCUCCAGGUUGUGGAGACCUCAGCAAGAUCCAAUGUAAAUGUGGACUUGGCUUUCAGCACCUUAGUGCAACUCAUUGAUAAAAGUCGGGGAAAGACGAAAAUCAUUCCUUAUUUUGAGGCUCUCAAGCAGCAGAGUCAGCAGAUAGCUACGGCAAAAGACAAGUAUGAAUGGCUGGUGAGUCGUAUUGUGAAGAACCAUAAUGAGAACUGGCUGAGUGUCAGCCGAAAGAUGCAGGCCUCUCCUGAGUACCAGGACUAUGUCUAUCUGGAAGGGACUCAGAAAGCCAAGAAGCUAUUUCUGCAGCACAUCCACCGCCUCAAGCACGAGCACAUUGAGCGCAGGAGGAAGCUGUACCUGGCAGCCCUUCCGUUAGCUUUUGAAGCUCUUAUACCCAAUCUAGAUGAAAUAGACCACCUAAGCUGCAUAAAAACCAAAAAGCUCUUGGAGACCAAGUCAGAAUUCCUGAAGUGGUUUGUCGUGCUUGAAGAGACACCGUGGGAUGCCACCAGCCACAUUGACAACAUGGAGAAUGAACGGAUUCCCUUUGACUUGAUGGAUACCGUCCCUGCCGAGCAGCUCUAUGAGGCCCACUUAGAGAAGCUGCGGAAUGAGAGGAAAAGAGCCGAGAUGAGAAGGGCAUUUAAAGAAAAUCUGGAGACCUCCCCCUUCAUAACUCCUGGAAAGCCUUGGGAAGAGGCCCGUAGUUUUAUUAUGAAUGAAGAUUUCUACCAGUGGCUGGAAGAAUCUGUAUACAUGGAUAUUUAUGGCAAACACCAAAAGCAAAUUAUAGACAAAGCAAAGGAAGAGUUUCAGGAGCUGCUUUUGGAAUAUUCAGAAUUGUUUUAUGAGCUGGAGCUGGAUGCUAAGCCCAGCAAGGAGAAGAUGGGUGUCAUUCAGGAUGUUCUGGGGGAGGAACAGCGAUUUAAAGCAUUACAGAAGCUCCAAGCGGAGCGUGAUGCCCUUAUCCUGAAGCACAUUCAUUUUGUGUAUCACCCAACCAAGGAAACAUGCCCUAGCUGCCCAGCUUGUGUGGAUGCUAAGAUAGAGCACUUGAUUAGUUCUCGGUUUAUCCGACCAUCUGACCGGAAUCAGAAAAAUUCACUCUCUGACCCCAAUAUUGAUAGGAUCAACUUGGUUAUCUUGGGCAAAGAUGGCCUUGCACGUGAGUUGGCCAAUGAGAUUCGAGCUCUUUGUACAAAUGAUGACAAGUAUGUGAUAGAUGGUAAAAUGUAUGAGCUUUCCCUAAGGCCAAUAGAAGGGAAUGUCAGGCUUCCUGUGAACUCUUUCCAGACGCCAACAUUUCAGCCCCAUGGCUGUCUCUGCCUUUACAAUUCAAAGGAAUCUCUGUCCUAUGUGGUGGAGAGUAUAGAGAAGAGUAGAGAGUCCACACUUGGCAGGCGAGAUAAUCAUUUAGUCCAUCUCCCCCUGACGUUAAUCUUGGUUAACAAGAGAGGAGAUACCAGUGGAGAGACCCUGCAUAGCUUAAUACAGCAAGGUCAGCAGAUUGCCAGCAAACUGCAGUGUGUCUUUCUUGACCCUGCUUCUGCUGGCAUCGGUUAUGGACGCAACAUUAAUGAAAAGCAAAUCAGUCAAGUUUUGAAAGGACUCCUGGACUCCAAGCGUAACUUAAACCUGGUCAGUUCUACUGCUAGCAUCAAAGAUCUGGCUGAUGUUGACCUGAGAAUUGUCAUGUGUUUGAUGUGUGGGGAUCCUUUCAGUGCAGAUGACAUACUCUUUCCUGUCCUUCAGUCCCAAACCUGUAAGUCUUCCCAUUGUGGAAGCAACAGCUCUGUUUUACUUGAACUACCAAUCGGACUCCACAAGAGGCGCAUUGAACUGUCUAUUCUUUCAUACCAUUCCUCAUUUAGCAUCAGAAAAAGCCGGUUGGUCCAUGGGUACAUUGUUUUUUAUUCAGCCAAACGUAAGGCCUCCUUGGCUAUGUUACGUGCCUUUCUUUGUGAAGUGCAGGAUAUUAUCCCCAUUCAGCUGGUCGCGCUCACUGACGGCGCCGUAGAUGUCCUGGACAAUGACUUAAGUAGGGAACAGCUGAGUGAGGGGGAGGAGAUUGCUCAAGAAAUCGAUGGAAGGUUCACAAGCAUCCCCUGUAGCCAACCCCAGCAUAAACUUGAGAUCUUCCACCCAUUUUUUAAAGAUGUGGUGGAUAAAAAGAACAUAAUUGAGGCUACUCAUAUGUACGAUAACGCUGCCGAGGCCUGUAGCACCACGGAAGAGGUGUUUAACUCCCCCCGAGCGGGCUCUCCACUCUGCAACUCAAACCUGCAGGAUUCGGAAGAGGAUAUUGAGCCCCCUUCUUACAGCUUGUUUCGAGAAGACACCUCACUGCCCUCUCUGUCCAAAGACCAUUCUAAGCUCUCUAUGGAAUUGGAGGGAAAUGAUGGGCUGUCUUUCAUCAUGAGUAAUUUUGAGAGUAAACUGAACAACAAAGUACCUCCACCAGUCAAACCAAAGCCUCCUGUCCAUUUUGAUAUUACGAAGGGGGAUCUGUCUUAUUUAGACCAAGGCCAUAGAGAUGGACAGAGGAAGUCUGUGUCUUCUAGCACCUGGCUACCUCCAGAUGGGUUCGAUCCUUCUGAUUAUGCUGAACCCAUGGAUGCUGUGGUCAAGCCAAGGAAUGAAGAAGAAAACAUAUACUCAGUGCCCCAUGACAGCACCCAAGGCAAAAUCAUCACCAUUCGGAAUAUCAACAAAGCCCAGUCCAAUGGUAGUGGCAAUGGCUCUGACAGUGAAAUGGACACCAGCUCUCUGGAGCGAGGCCGCAAGGUCUCCAUCGUGAGCAAGCCAGUGCUAUAUAGGACGAGAUGCAGCCGGCUAGGGAGGUUUGCCAGUUACCGAACCAGCUUCAGUGUGGGGAGCGAUGAUGAGCUGGGGCCCAUCCGGAAGAAAGAGGAGGAUCAGGCAUCUCAAGGUUACAAAGGGGACAAUGCCGUCAUUCCCUAUGAGACAGACGAAGACCCAAGGAGGAGGAAUAUUCUUCGCAGUCUAAGGAGGAACACUAAGAAACCAAAGCCCAAACCCCGGCCAUCCAUCACAAAGGCAACCUGGGAGAGUAACUAUUUUGGGGUGCCCUUGACAACUGUCGUAACUCCAGAGAAGCCCAUCCCUGUUUUUAUUGAGAGAUGUAUUGAGUACAUUGAAGCCACAGGACUGAGCACUGAAGGCAUCUACCGGGUCAGCGGGAAUAAGUCUGAGAUGGAGAGUCUGCAGAGACAGUUCGACCAAGACCACAACCUGGACUUGGCGGAGAAGGACUUCACAGUGAAUACCGUGGCUGGCGCCAUGAAGAGCUUUUUCUCAGAGCUGCCAGACCCCCUGGUCCCGUACAACAUGCAGAUCGAUCUGGUGGAGGCACACAAAAUCAAUGACCGGGAGCAGAAGUUACAUGCCCUUAAGGAGGUACUCAAGAAAUUUCCAAAGGAAAACCACGAAGUCUUCAAAUACGUCAUCUCUCACCUGAACAAAGUCAGCCACAACAACAAGGUGAAUCUCAUGACCAGUGAGAACCUCUCCAUCUGCUUCUGGCCCACCUUGAUGAGACCCGACUUCAGCACCAUGGACGCCCUCACAGCCACGCGGACCUACCAGACAAUCAUUGAGCUCUUCAUCCAGCAGUGCCCCUUCUUCUUCCACAAUCGGCCUAUCAGUGAGCCUCCUGGCGCCACACCCAGCUCCCCCUCUACCGUGGCUUCCACCGUCCCCUUCCUCACCUCCACACCUGUCACGAGUCAGCCGUCACCCCCCCAGUCCCCUCCACCCCCCCAGUCCCCCAUGCAGGCCCUGCUCCCCUCCCAGCUUCAAGCCGAACACACGCUGUGAGCCAUCAAGGCCUGGAGCAGAAGGAGACCUCUUUUCAACAGGGUGGCAUUUGGCCUUGAACAAAACCAGGUCCACCAGGGUGGAGGUGGGGCGAGUGUCCCCCUCCCCCGUUACCUUCUCAAGACCUCAGUGGGAGCAGGAGCCCCAGUCUACCGUGGGCUGGGCUGGGCUGGGCUGGGCUGGGCUGGGCUGUCAGGCCCCCUGAGCCCGGCGCUGCAGACCUGGAGCAGGCAUCAGCCAGGGGGCGCCCUGCCCUUUGACUUGGACCCUUUUGAGGACUGAACUGGCCAGGCCGUGGCCCCUGUGGCCCUCCACACGCUCACUGUUCCCCAGACCACCUCCCCCACCUGCCCACGCAUACCAGCCUGGGGGCAUCCACCCACUGCUCGGACAGUGCCCCAGCCUCUGCCAACGGGAGGAGGCUCCCGAGAUUUGGGCCACCCCAGGGCGGGGCCGGCAAACCCCUCCCCCAGAACAGUUCCAGUCUGUUUCGUCUGUCUCUUCCCACCUUCCGUAUCUGCAUCCCCACCCCCUUUCGGGGAGCCCCUGUCCAGUGGCCUCCUUGGGAACACACAGGCCACAGCUCUCUCAACCCAAGGUACAGUGCUGAGGGGGCUGGCCUGGCAGGUCAGAACAGGGAGGGUGGCUGUGUGCCUGGACCAAGAGUGUGUGACUUCCCCUCCACUUCCCACACACCCCCUCCCACUUCGUAGGCUUUGGAGAUACAUUCCCUUUAAAACAGAGAACACUGGAAGAAACGUGGAAAAACCCCUCCAGUAACUUAGAAAAGAAAGAGGAAGACACUACAGACCUCAAGAUUGACCCCUUCUCCCACCUCUUGGAGAGGCGGGCAGGUGGCAUAUGGCCCUUGUCUUUGUCACAACAAAACAAGGAUACCCAAGGGUGGUUGCCGGAGAAGCUGUGGGGGUCCCACUUAUGCCCUGUCACUAGAUCCCCUUUCCCCAAGAAGACAGUUUAAGCCCUCGGUGGGAAAAGCUUGGGAGACCAGCAGACCAGCCUGGAUCCUGGUCUGCCUUGGAACACACUACAGUGCUAUGGAAACACUACUGUGUGUGUGUGUGUGUGUGUGUGUGAAUGUGUGUGCACGUGGGGGGUAUGCCUGUUCGAGAGGGCACAGCCAGGGGGGACGCUGGGUGCACUGAGGGUUUGGGUUAGUGUGUUUGGUAUUGGAGUGGGGUCAAUUUCAUCCCGGGCCACAGAACACCAGCCUAGGGGUGUUCCUGGGAAGUGGGCGAUGUGUGGAGAAGUGUGAUCUGCCCGUUCCUGCACAGGGACAUCCUUUGUGCUCCCAGGCCCUCCUGGUCCUGGGGGAGCGAAAGUCACAGAAGCUGCCAGAGUCACGAGGAGGGCGCCGUGCCUGCCUGCCACACACACAGCCCCGUGGCCUUCCCUAGCCCUUCCUGGGAGAUGGCCUUCACCUCAGCUUCCUGGCCUUCCCGCUGACCCCCGGAGAGCCCUUAGCAUGCCCCACUUUCUCUCCCCCCAACGCAGCGAUCGUGCUAAGGCUGCUACAGAUACUGGCUGCCCUCCCACUCCUCGUGGCUGGGCUGUGGCCUCCGAGACCGGGAAGCCUGACACAGAGGCCCCCUGGGCCAUGGGCUUCAGGGCCCUGCAGGCCAUGCAGCCUCCAGGUCUCUUUGCACUUUAAGAAGCAAUGCUUGUGGUAGGUUCGACAAUGCUCUGGGUCCCUCAGCCAGGUGGCCUGACAGCUGCCCCAAACAGCCUCCAGCCCCAGCCUCUUGGUGUCGGCUGUUGGGAGGGGAGGCCCUUCGCUCACUGACUUGCUCCGGAUAAGCUGGAUACCUUACCGUUACUAGUUCCUGUACGGCAAACUAAGGUGCUUGGAUAACGAUCCUUGCAAGUCUCACCACCUCUUUUUAAGAAUACUAGUCAAAAAACAACCCUAAGGUACACGAACGUUUAUGUAAAUGCUGGGUGAGGGGUCUCUUCUGGGGGGUUGGCAGGAAGGUGACAGGUCGGGUUGUGACGGUGGGGGUUGGCAGACCCCUGGCCCUGGCUUUCCACCCCCUCUGCUCUGAGCCCCAGGCAGGUGAGAAAAUCACUCCAUUGAAUGCAUCUCUGCCUUUUUCUAGGUCAUGCUCACCCGCCUGCUCUGAGGCAGCCCCUCAGGGUGCUGGGUGGGGGUGGUCUGGGACCACCAUCCCUUGUGUGAACUGAAAAGUACCCCGGUCCCCCUCCCACCCACCCCCCNCCCCCGCUACCAGUUUUCCUGUGCCGGCUCGCGGGGCCACCCCCCACACCACCGCCUGCAUGCCUGGGCUGUGCCUCAGGAGCUGGACAAGCCCCCAAGCUCCCCCAUCCCUGAGACUGUGCAGAUGGUGACUUCCGGGUGUGUGGGCAGGGGCAGCUCACUGAGGAGGGAUACCGGCUUUGUGCGCUUGCCCUCGAGGGAGUCCUGGGAAGCCUCUGAGCCAACAGCACCCCCUGCCAGCCAGCUUGGGGAGCCGCAGGAGCCUAUCCACCUGGCUACUCCCAGUGUCCUGCCAGGGCUUUAAGGGUGUACAGGGGGGAGCUGGCGGGUCAUGCCCAAAAGAGCCACCAUGGACAGGAAGCGCCAGGGGUUCCUCUUGUUUCCAUUUCUUCUGUCAAGUGUAGCUUCUAGUUUUCCUCUCCAGACUGACUUGAACUGGGGGGUGUUUCUCUGUCAUUCUGGGUUGGCAUUGCCGUUCGUGGUAGUUGUGGGCCCUGGGCUUCAGCCCCCAGUCGGGGGUUAGCACCCAGACUGAAUGGGCGCUUGGAUGGGACCCGCAAAGGCAAGCCUGGGCCCGUGUUGGGACGUGCCGCCGUGAGUGCAAUGCUGCGCGCCGCCUGAGUUCUGCCGUGUGACGCUCUGAAGAGGGCUUGCUUCCCCAAGGGGUUCUCGCGCGAGCGGCCUCGCAGCUCUGCCACGGAGGGAAGGGCAGCCUUAGUCCGCUUUGGCCAGAGUGGGUGAGCCGGUCAGCAGAGGGAGUGGGACUUGUUCCCUCCCCCACAGCCAAACAGUGGUUUGCCCGGGAGCUCUGUCGGCCCCUGUCGGACGUCCUCAAGACAGUGGUUGCCGUAUUUGGUGGAAAUGAACAGCCUUUGGUUGUGAGCGUAAGGCUGAUGCUGGCUCUGACACGGAUGCUUCCAUGGAGGAGGGGAGGUGGUGCGGCCUGGCUUGUGAACUCGCCCUCAGUUCUUGGCCGUGUAGCAUAUUGGGGGUCACAUACGGCACAUUUGUUCCUGCUCUCCGUCAAGUCGUGCUUCCCAUCACUCGGCUCUGAGUGCUGAGGAAUACUCAGUACUGUUUCCUGUGUUCUACACCCUACUGCCACCUUGGUCUUCCUGCCACAAGGCAGGAAGCGCACUGCCGGUGUGAUUCUUCUAGCAGAGUGUGUGGGUCUUUGCCAGGUGGACAGAGGGUGACGUCAUAGAAGCAGUACACUGGCCUGGAGGGGCCCGGAGCGCGCACCUUCCCCUGGCCUUGGGCCUGGGGCCCUGGUCUCAUGGGCCGGGCGGGGGAGUGGGAGAGGCCUGGAGGGCAGUCCAUCCUCAGCCCUGAAACUUGAAAAACACCCUCUGUUGGUAAAAACCCUAUCCCUCUGUGCCCCCUUCCCGCUCCUGCGAGGACAGCCACGCUGUUCUGGGGUUUCCGAGAAAGGAGUGGAUACCUCCUUGCCACUGAGGGCUCUGGCCAGCCACUGUGUCUCCAAGAGCAGGAAGACCCAGGGACUUGGGCGACUUUCUGGGGGCCGGGCUCCACAGUCCUGCUGUGCAGUUGGGCACGGUGUGCACCCAGAAACGGGGACAGCCGGCACUGUGCUCGCUCCCAGGCCUUGCUGACUGCAGACGGUGGACGAGGAGUCGCCCUCCUGUUGCUUGGCAGGUUCAAGCGACUCGUUUGCGCUUAGGUGAAAGGAUGGAGCGAGUCGUGUCUGGGACUGCUGGUGAGGGGCCGGUGUGAGGGGAAAGGCCAUUCUCCUCUCCCGAGGUUCCAGGCUGCGGGCCCGGGAAGGAUCCUUCCCUCCUGGGGAGCCAGGUCUGUGCCCAGGGCAGUGAGGUUACACAUCUGUGUAGUCAAGACAGGGACUAAGUUAUUGUUUGCAUAAAAAAAAAUCCUGUUCCCUGUGUACAUAAAAAAAAAAGGCAAUGUCUGAAUUGUAUGGGAAUAAAACUUGUUUGAAAAUUUGGAAUAGUGCUGCUGCCAGCUUAUUUUUCUGGUACUUGUAUUUUCACAUGUUAAAUGAUCUUUAUAUAUGUUGAAUUAACAAAUAUUUUGAGUUUCCUGAGAAAAAAAGCAUAUUAAUGGUAUUGAAAUGUGUUAGUAGUCUGGCCGUGUGCCUAAAUUUCUGUUUUGCAGCAAAAGUGGAGAACUGUAUGUAAAGAAAGUAUAACAAUUAUUUCUUUGUAUUUUAGGGGCUUUAACCAGGACAUCCUGUAGUUGGUGUUAGGAAUGUUUGCUUAAUUUCCAGACCUUUUUUUUUUUUUUAAACACGUUGUGGGUUUUUGAGGCUCCAGCCUGAUUAGUGCAUGGUCAGCCGUCAACUACGGCGGAGGCGUCUCUGACUGACGUGCUUUUGUUUGGUUUUGUUUUUUAAAAUCAUGUAUUUGCUACAAAGUAUUGUACUCGUCUCAAUGGGAAUGGUGUAAAAAACUGAAAAGGCCUUAUGUGAUAUGUAUCAUAGUUAAUAAAUCAAUCUUGUAAAAAACCAAA